AAUAUGUAUCGCACAGCACAGCUCAGCUCCUCCUUUGUCGUUUCUUCCUCCUCAGUCACUUUUCUUCUCCAAUUCAGGUCAACCUCGAAUCCCUAACUCUCUCUCUCUUUCCCUAUCCCUAUCGUACGAUUCACCUUCUCUCUCUCUCUCUCUCUCUCUCUCUCCAACUACUUUUCCCUCCAAUUUUACUUCAACUCGCAUCCAUGGUUUCGUUGAUUUUGAUGUUUUCUCGCUUUUCGGGAUUCUGAUCAUAGGUUAACUGUUAACCGUAUUUGGUAACUUCCAAUAUGUCAAGUGGAUCAGUCAGACGGGUUUCCCGCCAAGAUAUUCAGCUGGUGCAAAAUCUCAUAGAACGAUGCCUACAACUAUAUAUGAGCCAGAAAGAAGUUGUGGAAACACUACUGGAUCAAGCAAAAAUAGAGCCUGGUUUCACCGAACUAGUUUGGCAAAAGCUUGAAGAAGAAAACCAAGAGUUCUUCAAGGCAUAUCAUGCAAGAUUGAUGUUGAAGCAGCAAAUAAUGCAAUUCAACAGGUUGCUGGAACAACAAGUGCAAUUAAUGCACUUACACCCAACUGCAGUUGCAUCACUAUCUACCUCUAAUGGGUCACAUAUCCCUACAGUUUCAUCACUACCUAACUCUAAUGGGUCACAUAUCCCUGCAAUACCUGACAAUCCAGUGUGCUACGCUGCUGUGCAAACCCGAGCAGGUUUGAAGCCAGAAAAUAUGCAACAUCCUGUUGAUUCCAGUUUAUCUAAUGUGUUUAAUAAUGGUGGGUCAUCACUCCAUACAAGUAUGCAUGCUGCGGUUGAUAUGUCUGCUCAUGGCAACAGGAUUAAUGGCCCUCCGAGCAUGCUUUCUGGUCAAAGCUCAAACAUGGGUCUGAUACAAGGAAUCAAUGGGGGGAUGAUCAAAUCAGAACCUGGAUAUUCAGGUUGUUCUCCUUAUAUGUUUGGUACUGAUGGAAAUGUCCUGGAGGCUCGCCAGACUAUCGGUGAUGCUUCGGUUACAUCAUUCACCAAUGUGGAGUCCAACUCACAUUCACUGAAUGAGGCAGUCCUUGAUCCAGACACUUCUUCAUUUGGAUUUUUGGGGCAGAUUCCUAGAAAUUUUAGCCUUUCAGAUCUAACUGCUGAUUUUUCUCAGAGUUCUGAUAUACUGGAGAGCUAUUCUAGGUCACCCUUCAUGGAUACUGGUAACGAGAACUUCCUUGAAAGAGAACAAGACAAUAAUAGGCUGGACUCCAUAUCAGAAGGCUUAAGUUAUGAAGACUUUGGGAGUGAAUAGUUGAUACUCGCUAUUUAGUCGUCAGCAUCUUUGAGGUUGAACAAAAUGCUUAGAGUGGUGUUGUACAGAAAAAUUUAGAGGUUAAAAUUUAAACUUCCGGGUCACAUACUUUGGUGUGCAUAAAGUUCACUCUCCUCGUUCUGCCGUGAGGGGAUAUGAAAUUUGGAAUACUUGCAUGGAAGGGAAAAGGAUGGUGCAAAUAAAUAACUUUUUUUUUUUUUUUUUCGUUUUUGCUUGUAUUUGCCCUUUGGUAUUUGCUUUGCAGAAUGAUUUUAUUCUACAUUGUGUUGAUAGUUGAUACUAGAAUUGCAU